AUGAAUGAGGGCCUGCAGUACCGUCUGGCUGCCAGCGGGGGCGCUGUUGCUGCCGACCAUACCCAUAAGCGGGGGAGUGAGAGGUGCAUGAAAUGGAGAAAGAUGGCGGAUCAUGUGCAGGUAAGCAGAGGUUUCAUGUUUUUGUCACCGACAGUUUAUCCAGGAGCCCGAUAUUGGGUGUGAAGACGAAUUCGGGUGCUGCGUUCCCCGCAGAGAGACAGCGUGCGGCCGCUGCGUGGCGGAGGCGGCGGUGCGGGGCUGUCUGUGGGGAAAGGAGGAUGAGUCCGCUCGGGCUGCUGCGGCCUGCUGUCACUGCUGUUAGCUCAGAGAGAAACCAGGCUGAGAAACGACAACAAAGCCCCAGGUUUGAGUGUGUUUGAACCCCGGGCUCUUAUCUGACCGGUUUGAGCGCAUCCCCGGGAUAACGGCGCAUUUAAUGGCGCAUUACCGUGAAGUAAACAAUAAAAGAGCGAGACGGACACUGACAGGCUAACACGGAGGAGACAGCCUCAGUUUGGCGCCACUCACAAUAACAACACAGACUAAACUGAAGCCACGAAGUCAAACAUGAGAAUUUGAUUGUGCUCACUGUGCGAAGUUAUCGAUAAUAUCCCUAUUUUUUCCGAUUUCUGCCGAAAUCAGCCGAUCUGUUGGCCGAGCGUGCUAACGUUAGCUUCAGCACAGACGUCAACUUCUCCCGCCCGAGUCCUUUUAGAAACCCUGAUCCGUUUUAUCUGAGGGUUACUCAGAUACAGAGGCUCUUUUCACACUGUUAUGACACCCGAACUUCGAACUGGACUCAGAGGGAGCCGAACUUUGGUGCUGCUUAUGUUCGGAUCUUAGCGGUGCUGUUUGGGUUAGUUAGCCUGAUGUAAGCUAGCAGCAGGACACAUGUUCGGGGUUCAAACAGAGGAGAGGGUCCAGUACUGAAGUGAUAUUUCCCAGUACAACCAUUAUUACAUGCUUUUAUCAUGUUAUUCCUCAGUGAAUGUCCUGUUAGAGCUGUUGUCUCUGUUUUAAAGCUUACUCUUUGUAUGUUGUUGUUGAUGCGCUGCUAGCUUGUUUUGAGGCUAACGCGGGGCGGGGGUAACACACGUUACAAAUGUUCGUUUACUUAGAUAUGAAGUAUUAUUUAAUAUUUGCAAUAAUUAGAAAAUAAUUGCAUAAAAACUUUUAUCAUGUUUUGACUCAUAAAAACACAUAAAAACAGCCAUUAAAAACUAAUGAACUGAAAAAUAAGGAAACAAAACAUUAAAGUAUGAGAUAAAAAGUAAGAGAGGAGGACAGAGAUGAGUGUAGGGCUGGGCGAUAAAACUAUAACAAUAUAUAUCCAAAAUUAAUUUUUCUCAAUGUCAAUAUAAAACAUGAUCAAUAUGCUUUUCAAUAGUCGGAAUUCUGUCAUGUUUUGGUCGACUAUACGAAUAGCCAAUGAAAAGAGGAGUUAAGGUCCUUACACACAGAACGCAAAAUUACGAAAUAUUCAGAGGCGAAUUUUGAUGCUCCUGACUAUACACAUCAAGCCCGAUGCAAUUUUGUGACUUUCCGGGGGGGGGGGGGGGGGGGGUCGGGAGAUUUUUUUUUUUAUUAUUAUCAUGUGAUUGACUCAAUACGUAAACUGCGCACUUCAGAAAUCGGCCCUUUAAAUGACACUUGGACGGUCAGCAAAUCCUCCUGGCUCCUUCGCUGACGAGAACCAAUCAUAGGCCAAACUGCGUUCCAUUAUUCCAAUCAUGCGCACACUCUUCACGUGUACUUGGAGUGCUUGGAGAGCCUAUGGUAGCAUUGCAAAGCUGCAAGAAUGAGAAGCAGGACUUAUCCACGCCGGUGUUGUGCCGUAGAAUGCACCCCUGCCGUAGAAUGCCCCCCUGACGGGAGCGCGGUUGAAAGUUCACAACAAGGCGAAAUAAUCCAAGUUUUCCUAACCGUUGGACGGAUUCAAAAGCGUGUGCCUUUAAUGACUUCAUUCAGGUUCUAGAACUUGUUGUCCUAUGCUUUGGCCCAUGCUUGAAGCCUUUUGUGACAAAAUAAAAACUUGUGAACCCUGGUCUUUUUAACACUCCUUUUCGCCGCUGAAGUUAUUCAUUGAUUCAUUAAAACAUAAUGGUUUUGAGCCAUCUAAAAUAGCGAAGGCGGGCGUCUCGCGUUUACUGAUCUGCAGGGCUCUCAAGUCUCACGCAUUCAGCGUGUGACACACGCAUUCCCACCCGUUCACACGCUCACACGCCACACAUUGUAUUUCUCACGCAUUGUAUUUCUCACGCAUUUACAUGAACAUGGUGAUGUCCACCAAGUUGCACCUCUGUAACAAUGGAACAGGUAGAAACAACUGAGUAAAAUAAAUAAAGUAUAUAUACUGAACAGCCAAUAAAGUAUAUAUACUGAACAGCCAAUCAAAAAGCAGCAUUGCUGUAUCCGGGUAGAUUUUGAUAUCUUGCGGUUUGACUACAGAAGAAGACAGACACUCGCCGAAAUAGAGCAGGUUUUUAUAAGGACGAGAAAGACCCGAUGAUUACAGUAAGUCAGUAACCUACACAUGCAGAGACCUCAAAACCUCAUGGCAGAUAAACUCAUAUGAUAAACUUAAGCCCUAUGCUAUUGCUAUUAACAGCUGUAUUGAUGAAUUUAGCCUCUGUACAGCCAUUUCCAGCCAUUUUCCCCUCCACAAAAGCAGCAUUUCUCAUAUAUUCUUUUUAAAGUUCUGACAGUGUCACGCUCAUGUACCAAAGGAUUAAGUAUCUCCAUGUUUGUGAAACCUAUACUGAAGUACAAUUCAUCUAAAUGCUCCUCAGUGCUGAUUUUAGCAACUCUCCUCCACAACAGGUAACUUUACGACUUUAUUCUUACACAUUAUUGAUUUUAUUCUCCUAAAUAAUAACUUUAUUGUCUAAGAUUUAAAAACGUUUUUUUUCUUAAUGUGGCCCUCAUACUCCGUUGUAUUUAAGAGAUUAUUAUACUAUAUAUAUAUAUAUAUAUAUAUACACUAUAUAUUGUUAUACUAAUAAUUAUCUUCAAUCACUCUUCUCUUAGAAAACUAACCCAGACAGUCAUCCUCUCUGUUGAUACACCCCUCAUCCUCAGAAAGCUCAGAAAGGGAGAGCAUCUUGCAUAUAUCUAAGUUUUCUUUUGGGAUAAUAACAAACUUCAGAGAUCUGGUUAUGGAAGAACAAUGUUGGAUUUUUGCAAAUAUUUUCAAACUCUUUUUUUUAAUCCUGAUACUGAGACUUUCCAAGAACCUCAUCAGCCUGCAGAGGCCCUCGUCCUCCACCACGCUAAAAACACUAGCUUUAGUGAUUUCUGUUGUUGUUGUUGUUGUUCAGCUUUACCUCUAAGUGGUCCUCAGCCAACACUGUGAAAGUCAUUGUUGGCGUGUAAACUGCCAUGAUAAUCACAUAAUCAGUGCAUGGUUUAAUCAGCUGUAUUUACUAGCAGAGAAUAUGAUAUCAGUAACUCUUCGAUCAUGAGAUGAAUUAUCAUGUCCUUAACCUGUAAGUCACACAGUUCAUAUUUGUAAUGAUGGAACACGGCAGCAACAUGUGCAGACUUUAGUUUGAGCGUCCUCCCUCUCCUCCACGCUGCCUUUGUGUCCAAGCCAACUCCUUGCACCAAGCGAGUGAUGCCACGCUCACUACUGCUGUUCGGCAGCUUUAUGUCAGAAUUCAACAACCGUCAUUUCCCAGAUCAGACAGUGUGGAUGACGAUGAUCAAGUUUAUGAGACAGCUGAUGAUAACACUAGUGGAGAUUCUUCUCAUGCUAACAGACACAGAUCAGCAGCACUGAUCCGUGCAGCAUACAGGGUCUGCAGCAGCAGCGGUGGCGGCGCUGACAUUGACUCUGAGUGUCUCUGGAUUUUGUCCAAACAGGCUGUUUUAUGUCUGUUUGUCACAUGAGCUCAGAGGUAGCAUUGUGAUCUGAUUGUGAAAGAUAUCCUUGAAUUGUCUCCUUUUUUAUUGUAAUUGUGUGCAGACGUAAACCAAAGAACAACAACAUCAAAAACGAUGAGGAUGAUGACUUUGUUACUGUUCUCAGUAUGGAGUCCUGAAGAAACGAAUGAUGAUCAGAGCCUCAGACCAUAUAUCUUUGACAGACAAUAACCUCAGUUAUCAUCAGUCAAAGAUGAUGAAAACAAACCUGUGAUCAUCAAUAAUGAUGAGAAAUUAUCUUUUUUAUUGGUGCUGAUCACGACCUGUUGAGUAUUUAAUUUAACUUUCUGUCUCCUAAAGUUUCAGUUAACUUUAAAAAUACAAACAUGACAGCAGAGGAUGUUGUUCUUGUUGUCUUUGAGUAAAUUAGCAGGAUUAAAACAUCAGUACUGAUUGAACCAAUGAUAAGACUGUUUUUAAGUAAAAUGACUGAGUUUUCUCAGAUCAGUUUCACUCACAGAAGUUGUGUUUUAUUUCUGAUUUGGCUCUGAAGUUUUCGGUCUUCAAACGCAGCACAGACGAUGUUUUCACUCAUAUGACGCCUUCAUGGUGAGACUAAAAGUUGAAGUUAAUCCUCCUGGUUUUAUUUAGAGUCCCAUCAGCGCUCUGACUCCUGUGGUUUAUCUGACUCUCAGAUCUCAUCCUUUUUUCUUUUUUUUUAUAUAAUGAGGUAUUCUUGUGUCAUGAUUAUGGUUAGGUUAACCGUGCAGCUCUGGUUUGAACAUUAAAGGUCAUCACAGGAGGAAGUCCUGGAAGUGUAAAGAAGCUUUUUUGGACUUCUCUUGCUCAGGUACCUGCUAUCUUCAGUCACUUCUUCUCCUGGACCUUCAGUGGUGUGGUGACGGACUUUCAUCCCACUCUCAGCGUCCUCCAGGCUGCCGGCACCAUCAAACAUUUAUCAUAGAGACAGAGUGACCCUCAGUCAGGGAUUUGGAUGGAUAACAGCGAGGUUAACGUGAGUGCAGGGGGAAAUGUUCGAGGAGUUGGACCGGUCAUGAUAGCAGAACUUCAGACUGUGAUAGUUGUGUAACCAACUUUAACCUUCACUUUAACCAAAGUAGUCCUGGUCCAUGUCUGGGCUGGAUCAGAGUUUUUACUUUUGUACAGGUGAGGGCAGCUAAAGACUUUAGAGACUCAAAUCAACAUUUUGGUCUGAGUACAUGAUGGGUUCCUUUUGGAAAUAUACAUGAAUAUUCAGAGUUGACAUGUGGAGGAUUAAUGUUCAGGACGAGGAGAGAAACCUAACCUCCAUCAGGACACCUGUCCUACUUGAUCUCCCUUUAACUCCGCUCACCUGGGGAGGCUUUGAACAGGUUUAAGGGUGAAGCUGUCACAUAUACUGAGUCUGUGGUCAUCUAUGAUUGGCUCGUGCCAUCUUCAUUUCCUGACCUAGGAUAGACGCUCAGAUUUGGAGCCUUACCAUCUCUUUCUCAGUAUCAUCUGAACUUUCUCUCCUUCUUCGUUUGAUCGAAGCCCAAAGUUCUGUCCCUGUCACCGUCCCUGUUCUGUGUGGACUGACCCUCUUCUCCUGAUGGGCAGCUGUCACAUGAUGAUGACAUCUAUGACCUCAGUCUGAGAACGAGGGUUAAAAACUCUCUGUGACCCUGGACAGUGACCCUCGGGUAAUAAUGCUGACCCUCUGAUAGCGCUGGGCGAUAUGGGAAAAAGUUUAUCACCAUAUAUUUUUUCAUAUCAGUCGAUAUUGAUAAAUAUCACGCUAAAAAAAUGAAAUUUAACAGUGUUUAUCGGUAGCAUGUCUUUUCCAAUACAAUAUUCUACUGCAUCUGUGAGGUCUUUGUGUCUCUUUGACGUUUUGUCGUAAGGCGUUGCUCUACAGAAAGCGCACUGAAUGGUCGUCUGUUUCAGGCGCCAUGGGCUCCUUGCUCCUCUCGGGGUUUGUAACUUUUUGCGUUGCACCUGCUCUGCGACGUGGCGCUGCUUCAGGUGGUGAAAAAGAUUUGAGGUAUUCCCCGACUGUGAGAACAUGUACUUGGCAUAAUUUACAGUAGUGCUGGGCGAUUGGACGAUAGAUAUCGUGGGCACGAUAGAAAAUGUCUAUCGUGCCAUUUUUAUUUUUAUCGUUUCGGGCGAUAGGCUGUAUUUUAUCCAUAGGGCUUGUGCCAUCAGAUGAUUCAUAGUAACAACAACAAUAAUUGCACAUUCAGUAAGUGUAUUUGGUGUCGAACGGGAAAGAAAACAAUAUUUUCUUACAAAGAAAAGGAUGCGUUGACAUGUAGGCUCGCAUUUCUCUUUCGAUUUUGCGACAUGACGCCGCUUUACGUGCCCUCUUCGUGUCCAGCGUCUCCCGCCGUUGCGGGUUACCUUGGUUACACACGUGAGGGGAUCAUUGUAAGCAGUGCUUAAUUUGUGCUGGAGCAAGUCGGAGCGCGAUCCGGGACCUCUUUAGAUCGGAUCCGGGACCUAUUUCAGCCGCUCCGGCACCUGUUUCAUCUGCUCCGGGACCUUCCCUGUAGAGGAUGACAUUUUUCGGGAAUUCCCGUGGGUCACGUGAUUCCCGCGGGAAUCCCACGGGAUGGGAGUCAUUUUUUAAUUAUCCCUUGAUCGGGACGGGACGGGAAAAAAAGCAACGGGAGUGGGCAGGAGCGGGAACAUUAAAAGAUGAUCAUUUUCAGCCGUGUCUAACAACCAGAUGAACAGGUGCGUCCAUUUUUGUAGUCAUCUCUCAGUGAGAGCCAACACUCUUGACCGCGCUAGCAACACAAAAGAACUACAACAGUGGUUUGACUUCCUGUCAGCUGGGAGCGCGGCUGCGCAUUUCUACCCUUCAAGCCAGCAGCGAGGAAACGUAAUUUUGUGACAUUCUGUAGUUUUUCAAUCAUUUCUGGAGUCGUGGCGAAUCAAAUCACCUUACCUGUCUGCCCCUGAUAGGCGAAUAAAGCGCUCGGAUUCAUGCUCGGGUCUUCCUACGUGCUUCAAGAGUAAAGUAAACAAUGAUGGAGGCAUAGAGCAGCUUUGGAGGAGAAACAUCUAGCAGUGUGAACAACCUCUUCAAAGACCUACCUGUUUAAUAAAGCCUUUGGUUAGUUUUCCUCUAUGCUUUAUGCUUUUACUACCUUGCCUCUUACAUUGCAACUCUAUAUUUUUUAUUUUUUUAAUUCUUUUUUUUAUGCCAAUCUGUGACUGUCAUUCUAUUGCUUUUUUUAUUGUUGCUGCUCUUUUUUUACUGUGUACUGUAGCACUUUGAGAUUUUUUGUAAAUGUAAAGUGCAUUACAAAUUUAAUUUAUUAUUAUUAUUAUUAUUAUUAUUGUUAUUAUGGAGUGCUUUGGCUCACACUAUCGGCGUUUUCUGUGAGUGAUGCAUAACUUUGGGUGAGUGCAGACAUGAACGCACUUCAGCCACGUAUUUAUUUAUUCAUUUUUCUAGUUUUAAGUGCUGGUCUUGUACUGGUACUAGUGCAGCUGUAUACACUUAAAUUUUUCAUAGAACUGAAAGCAUACCAUAGCUAUAUCAUGAUAUAUAUCGUUAUCGUGAUAUAAAAUGAUCCAUAUCGUGAUAUACAUUUUUUUCCAUAUCGCCCAGCACUAAUUUACAGUACACAUUACUCUGCUUCAUGUCCGACCUCACAAAACCAAAAUACCUCCACACCAUCGACAUUUUCAUAACGCCAGUGUUGUCGACGAUGUCGUCAUCUGUUGAGCCUUCAUCGUCAUUUCUGUCGGGGGUAGCACUCAUUUUCUUUUUCCUUUUCAUUGGCUGUUCGUAUAGUCAACCAAAACAUGGCAGAAUGCCGACUAUCAAAAAGCAUAUUGACCAUGUUUUGUAUCGAUAUUGAGGGAAAUUGAGGGAAUAUCAUUCUCGUGUUAUAGCCAAGGUUAUAAUAGUUUUGGAUUUGUCACUAUAGUUUAGUUUUAGUUAUUUUUGACUUUGUUUUUCUCUUUAUAGUUUAGUAUUAAUUAGUUUUGACAUUUUUUUUCCAUUACAGUUUAAUUAGUUUUAGAGCGGGCAUUGUAGUUUUUAUUUAGUUUUGAUUUUUGCGACAAGGCUUAGUUUUAGUUUAGUUUUAGUUUUUUCAAACCUUAUUUGUCAGGUGCAGGAUUCAAAAAGGCCAGAGUAAGUAUUUCGUAAUACUGUUUAUUUUCAAGUCCAACUCACUGCUCACUGCUCAGUCAAUGCUUAUACUGUACUGUUGGCUGCUGCCUUAAACACAAGAAAAUAAUAUAAACUUAAUAUAAAGAAUAUAAACAUACAGGCGAAAGGCGGGACACUACCGCCUCCUCCCAACUUUAGCCAUUUCUUCCAAGUUGUUCCAACAACACAAGCUCCGUCACAGCACAGCGCACAGCCAGUCAGUGCAGUAAACAAGCACGUCCCAGUACGUCGCUAUGAUGGUGCUGUAAGGCGCUGACAACUGCCAAAAACUGUCGUAAAAUUGGUUGGGAAAAUGUGUCGGAUUAAUUUAAAUCCUAAAGGCUAAUAAAUAUUUUCAAAAACGAUAACGAAGGACAUUUUGUCUAUAAUUUUAGUUAGUUUCAAUUAGUUUUGUGAACACGAGAUACAGUUUUUCGUUUACUUGUUUUUUUUUUUGUUUUUUUUUUCUAGUUUGGGUUAACUGCAAUGUAUUUAAAAUUUUAGCUUUCAUUUUUAGUUUCAUUGAGUUAACUAUUAUAACCUUGGUUAUAGCCCAGCCCUACUUUAACGUGUGUUUGAGGUUUUUAAAGUUAAAAACAGAAAACUUUAGACGGUGAAGAUGAAGUUUUUAUUUAUUUAUUUUUUUUAGACCUCUCUCUGCUCCUCCAUCAUCAUCUCUUUAGUUUCUGUUUCAAGAGAUGUUUUUUAACUUCCUGGACUUCCCCUCUCAUUUCUAACCAAACUGAAAGGUGGUCUGGUCUGGUCCCGGAUCAGCAGAUGGUUCAUAUUCAGUCAGAGCUCUUAUCUGAGACCAGCAGAGAGUCCCAGUGAACAGAUCCUCUGAUGUAACCUGCUGUCAGACCCGCUGCAGAGACACUGCAGCUCCCCUGCUCUCUCAGUCAGAGAUCAGGUCGUCCCUCCGUCUCUUCAGAAAGACCCCGUCACCUGGACUGGGAGCUGCUCAGCCUCCUCCUCCUCCUCUCCUCCUCUGCUCCUCUCUAACCUACUGCUCCUCCAUUUUGAAUGAUCAGGGCCGGGCAUCUCUGCGUGACUGAGCAUGACUCAGCACUUUAGCCGCCUGCUACAGAAACUUGAUCUCCUCUAAUGUUUGGUGGUCAAAGUGUCACAGUGAGCUGUAAAUGUUUCUCAGAGCCUCUGUCUCCAUCCUGUCCCCUUGGUUUUAAAAGAAGAAGAACGUUAAAGUUCUCAGUCAGGUACAUGAAGAAGAAAAAACAGGUCUUCUCCAAAAAACUAACACACAAACUUUCAGGACUUUGUCUCUAAACUUACAUCCUCAGUAACAUCACUUCCUCUGACCGGGUACAGGACUAGGGUCGUUUUUGAAUUUGUCUACUGCUUACUCCUGCUGAACAUAGUAUACAGUAGAUACUGCAUUCUGAGUAUUGUGUUUGACAGUGAUAUUCAGUAGAUACUUCAUACUGAGUACUGUGUUUGACAGUAAUAUUCAGUUGAUACUUUACACUGAGUACUGUGUUUGAAAGUAAUAUUCAGUAGAUACUUCAUACUGAGUACUGUGUUUGAUAGUUGUAUACAGUAUGACUGUAAGUCGGCUGUAAUUCUGUAAUAUGGUUGGCCCAGUUGAACUGGUUUCCAGUAUGAAAAAGUCCAUCAUACCCUGGUAAAUUACAACGACACUACAGACUAGGGCCCGACCGAUAUGGAUUUUUUGGGGCCGAUGUUGAUACCAAUUAUUGGGGGGGGGGGGGGGGGGUCUGAUUACCGAUUAAUUGGUUCCCUGAUGAGGAGAAGCAGGGAAAUUUGAGGCGGUGGAAAUCGAGGAUAAAAACUGUACGGUAUGAUAACCAAACAUGUUACCAUACCCGACAUCAUGCGGGUAUUUUUGGCAUACUGCAAAUUUCACUGCUUUUCCCAGCAUUUUGGGCAGAUCAGUACGAACUGUUAGGAUAGGAGGAGAAUUCGAAAACGGCCCAGGAUUUGAUUCCCACCUGGUCCAAGUUUUUCCCUCAGGAGCUCCUUCUGGGUCUGAGGUCAUUUCUCGUCUAGCAGGACUCUUGGGAUGAGGUUCUGGUCUUCGAGUGUAAAUGAAGAGGUUUCUGUCAGACAUCAGCUGGGACUACAUAACCAUCAGCUGACAAAGCCAGACCCAGUGUGGGCCUGCAGGGAGAACACAGACAUCUUAGAUGUCUUUGUUGGGAGCUAGUCUGCAGGAGAAGACUCGCUGAUGUUCUGGAUCAGGAGGGUCUGCUGCAGGCCCUCAGAGUCCACUUCUCUGUACUGACUCUGAGGUUUGUGGAGAAGCUGUGCUGUGAGUGUUGAGGUGAAUAGAGUAUUCUGCUUCCUGAUUGGUCCCCUUCAAACCUUCUCCAGACCUCAUCUGAACCGGUUCAUGAAUCGUCGUCUUUGGACCACAUCAGAGUUUAAUUCAUGAAAUUGUUCAAUUUGGAUCUGGUUUGUCCCGAGUCAGAGUCCUGGACCAGAAUAUUCAACAGAACCAGACCUGAACCAUCUGAAGUGUCCCUCACUGAGACUUGACCCUCUUCAGAACCACAUCUUCGCCUUCCUUUCUAGAACACGGGUUUAUCUGCGGGUCAGAGGCGGUGUUGGAGAACUGGUCCAGUAUUGUACCUGCUGUUGUCUGUUUGGGUUCACAUCUCAGAGGUUCUGACCUGAACCAGCCCGUCGGGUCGAGGUUCUAAUAGUUUAGGAUUUUUCAUUAAAGUUUAGUUGGUUUUUCUCUAAUUCAGUUUAAUUUAUUUUUUUUAGAGUGGGUUUGUUUGUUUUUAUUAGUUAUAGUUUCGUUUUUUUUAGUUUGUGUUAUCAUUUUUUCUUUGAAUUACAGUUUUAAUUUAUUUCAGUUAAAGAAAAUGUUUUUUUUAAUUUUUGUUUUUCAUGAUUUCAUGAGCUGGAAUGAACGAUAAUAACUCUGUUUCCAGUCAAGGUUCUAAUAUUUUUGGAUUUUUUUAUCAUAGUUUAGUUUUUUUUGUUUGGACUUUUUUUCCUCUCUAAUUCAGUUGUAUUGAAUUUUUUUUAGAGCGGGUUGGUUAGUUUUUAUAUGUUUUUUUUUUUUUUUUUAAAUGAUUAGUUUUAGUUUGAGUUAGUUAUCAUUUUUUUCUUUGAAUUAUAGUUUUUUUUUUAUUUCAGUGAGGGAAAAUGUUUUCUUCAAUCCUAGUUUUUUGCUGUUUCGUUAGUUUGAAUGAACGAUAAUAACCCAAUUUUCAGGUUAUAUCUGUGUUUUUGUGAGAACAUGAUGUCCUCUGGGUUUGCCAUAUUUUCUUCUUUCUUUAUGAACACGAGUGAAGUCUGGCGGUCUCUGAUAAGCCUGACUGAGCCGGUCCUCCUCUCUCUUAAUCAGGGCCUUGCCCAGCUGGAGAUCCUGUGUAAGCAGCUGUACGAGACCACCGACACUGCCGUCCGACACCAGGCCGAGAAAGCUCUGGUGGAGUUCACCAACAGUCCUGACUGUCUCAGCAAAUGUCAGCUACUGCUGGAGAGAGGCAGUGUGAGUACUGAGAGACAAACACACACACACACACACUCCAGUUUGAGAGGGCAUCAGUUUUGAUUUGGUGCGUCUUUAACCCUUUAAUGCCAUUUGUAUCAUAUUUCAUACAUACUUUUAUAUACUUCUAUCAAAUCAAUGUGAUCAACAAAUUACUUAAAAAACACCUGAAUACAGUCUGAUAAAUAAUAAAAACGUCCUCUUGUAGUUUAUCAGUUUCCAAAAACAUCUAAUGUAUCAAACAAGUUAAAUAAAUAUAUUUGUAAAAUUUUAUGGACAUUUGGAUUUUUUUGGUUUUCAGUAGUAAGUAAAAUAAACAUUUCAGCUAAAAAAAAAAAGAAUUUUCUGGCCAUAAUUUGUGGUGUCAGGCAGUAAAGGGCCACUUGGACAUAAAAGAUUUAAAGAUAUAAUAAAAAGUCAUCUGAUACUGACAUCUUUGACUUUCUCAUUCACUAACAUGUUCCCAUCAUUGUUUUCAUAAAAAAGAGUAAAGAUUGAGGAGGACUGAAGAGACACCCUGAUAAACCAAGUAGACGUGUCCUCGCCUCUCCUCUGACCCCUCCUCAGAUAGAGAGAUGAGGAACUUCAGAUAAAUACACUUGAGGAAACACUUCAGAUAAUAAUACAAGAAACAAUCAAUAAAUAAAGGAACUAUCAGGCGUUAAAUACUUCUAUUUUACAGCCUUAUCCUUACAUGAAUACAUUUACUCAUGAGCCCUGUCAUCUGUUCAGGGAAACAUUCAGAUCAGAGUUCUGUCAGUCAGUGAUUCAGAUCUUCACAAGUCUAUAAUCAGCUGAUCACCAGUGUUAUUGAUUCUCAAUCAUUGGAAAUCUGUCAGUCUUCAUUUUUAGACAUUUCAGCAGCAAAAAAGUCCAAAUCGCAUCACCAAUACAGAGCAGAAACCUGAACUGUAAACCUGAAACACUCUUUGUUCUGACCCAGUCAACACUGCUGGUUCUGAUUCAAACUCUGUCUCCUCUCCUCCCAGUCGUCGUACUCCCAGCUGCUUGCAGCCACAUGUUUGUCUAAACUGGUUUCUCGAACCAGCAACCCUCUACCGCUCGAACAACGCAUCGACAUCCGUAAGUAUCGCCGCACUUCAACCCUCCUCCUGUGUAAAUGUCCGCACCGACCCGUUUUUGUUUUUAAAAGUUUAAAAAGAAUCACUUAAAUUCGCUUUUUUGCAUCAAGAGUUUUUGACUUUGUCAGGAACCUCUUUUUUAACAAAAUUAAAAAAAAAAUUAAAUUGUCUGAAUUAUAAAACGCUCCUAUAUACUUUUGUAUACUGACAAAGAAAGGCCCACAAAAAAACUAUUAUAAUCAAUAUUUUCAUGGAUAAUGAAGCCAAACAAGUUAACCUAGAGAUGAGAACCAAAUUGGAUUAUAGAAAAAUGUUUUUAAUGUAUCUUACAGCUGAUUUAAGACACGGGUCAAAACCGACACUUAACAUAGUGGAUACUGCUGAGUCAGGAUCGGUCAGGUAGAACCUGAACAUGAGUCCGCAGAUCCUCAGCUUCUGGACGCCAUUUUGCCGCUCUCAUGAACUUCCUCUUCUCUCGUGUCGUUCAGGGAACUAUGUUCUGAAUUAUUUGGCCACGCGGCCGAAGUUAGCGGCGUUUGUGACGCAGGCGCUGAUCCAGCUGUACGCCCGGAUCACCAAGCUGGGCUGGUUUGACUGUCAGAAAGAUGACUACGUCUUCAGGAACGUGAUUGCAGACGUGACACGCUUCCUGCAGGUCUGUGUGUGUUUAUUUUCUUCUCAUCAUGUGAUCAUAAACCUGCGGCGGUGCUCUGAGUGUGUGUGUGUGUGUGUUUACAGGACAGCGUCGAACACUGCAUCAUCGGCGUCACCAUCCUGUCCCAGCUGACCAAUGAGAUCAAUCAGGUACCAACCCCUCCUCCUCUGACCUCCUCUCUCAUGGCGUCAUGGAGGACCCGUCUCACUCCUUUCAUGUGAUUCUCCUCAGGCCGACACGACGCAUCCUCUGACCAAACACAGGAAGAUCGCCUCCUCCUUCAGAGACUCAUCGCUGUUCGACAUCUUCACGCUCUCCUGCAACCUCCUCAAACAGGUGAGACAGGAAAACAGAGAGAAACAGGCGUUCACAACAGUCAGCAAACACCUUCACAGAUCACAGCUGAUCUAGAGAGGGGUUCACCUUCAAAAUAAAAGCUUUAGCUUCUGACACAUACUCUCCAAGAUAAAAACGAAUAAUCAGGAUGACAUAAAUAGAAAUACUCGUCCUCAUGGGAUAAAGGAUAAAAGGGGAGUAACUUCCAAUUUUCACUGCAUCUGGAACAACUCUGAUCCGGAACAGGGGGGAUUUUUCGCCGUAUGCCAAUUCUUACCAGAUUGGUUUAUGAGGUGAAUUUCAUGAGAACUCACAAGAACCUGCGGAUUCACGUUCAAUCGUGCGAUAAUGAGUUGUCUCUAUAAAGACAGACACAUAGACAUAUAAGCAGUAGAUUGUUUCCUUCCAGAGGAGGAAAUCUACUUCUAGACUUCUAGAAUCAGCAUCUCCUCAUCCAUGAUGUCAUUGGGGUGAAAUGACAUCUAAAAACCUUUCACUUGUUUGUCUCUGCCCAUUUGCAUGGUGUGAAAUACGAUCCUCCUGAAACACGGAGUGUUUUAUUUUGAAAAGAAGCCGGAUGUUUUAUUUUGUGUCUGUGGCCGACUUCCUUUCCAGCAUGGGUUAAUCUGUGCUGAAUUUAUCUGGCAUGCUCCGGCAUCCGGAAAAAUAGAACUCUUGUGAUCAGCUGUGGAGUCCGGCUAUCCGCAGAGGAACGGAAAGAAGCCGGUGGAAAAUUGACACGUUAACUUGAAUGGUUACGAUCAGCUACGAUCGGAGGACACAACAUUUUUGUAGCCGUUCAGGAUGAAGGUGGAAAUUGGGGAUUAGAUAUAUUUAAAAACUUUUUAAAUGGCAAGAAAGGAGUUCAAAGAUCAACUUAAAUUUAAUUUUCAAAAAAAUCACAUUUAAUUAAAAAAAAAAAAAUGAUUUAUUCGGAUGUAGAAUGGAUUCUCCUCUCCUUUUUUCUCCUCCUCUCUACAUCCUACUCUUCCUUCUCUCUUCUGAAUGUUGAUCUUGUGUUUUUGGUCUCCAGGCUUCGGGGAAGAACCUGAACCUGAACGAUGAGUCUCAGCACGGUCUCCUCAUGCAGCUCCUCAAACUCAGCUACAACUGUCUGAACUACGACUUCAUAGGAACCUCCACAGACGAGUCCUCGGACGACCUCUGCACCGUUCAGAUCCCCACUUCCUGGAGAUCAGGUACCUGUGAACAUAUCAAACUCUGAGUCUGUGUUUCAAUGACAAUGUUCAGGUGUCAUUGAGGAUUUUACUGAGCAGUCAGAGGUGAUAGAUGUGUCGGGCCAUUUACAACAUUUCUGUAAGACCAGAACAAACUGGACUCAGCUGUAUCUUCAGAUAUCUCGUCUGUUUGUUCCAGUUCACCCUUAAAUCUUCUUCUGCUCGUGUUUUCACCUUUUAGACCAACAUUGUGAGUUUAAUUAAAUGUAGUCACACAAAAGUUUCCUUGAAUUUCAGUCGAGAUCUAUUUUGAAUAUUUCUUUGUUUGUAAAAGUUCUGAGAGUCUCACCCAAUAAGACUCAGGUUCCUUCUCAGCAGUAAAUCUAGUUCUUCCAGCUCUACAGUCUGUCUCUCUCUUCCUGACGCUCUCUCAUGUUUUGUUUCCUUGCAGCGUUCCUCGAUUCCUCCACCCUGCAGCUUUUUUUCAAUUUAUAUCAUUCCAUCCCUCCGUCCCUGUCCCCUUUGGUGAGUGCACUCAGCUCCACAUCAUUCCAGUGUGUGAAGGUGGGAGCUCUCCUGGUUCAUACUGGUCUGUUGUGUGUGUGUGUGUGUGUGUGUGUGUGUGUGUGUGUGUGUGUGUGUGUGUGUGUGUGUGUGUGUGUGUGUGUGUGUGUGUGUGUGUGUGUGUGUGUGUGUGUGUGUGUGUGUAUCUGCAGGUGUUAUCAUGUUUAGUUCAGAUAGCGUCAGUCAGACGGUCUCUCUUCAACAACGCAGAGCGAGCAAAGUUCCUGUCCCAUUUAGUGGACGGAGUCAAGAGGAUAUUGGCAAACCCACAGGUGUCUUACACACUAAAACACACACUCUUAACACACUCUUACACACACUCCUCCUCCUCAGCCUGAUCACGCUCUUACCCGUUUGUGUUUCAGUGUUUGCCCGAUCCGAAUAACUACCACGAGUUCUGCCGCCUGCUGGCGAGGCUGAAGAGUAACUACCAGCUGGGUGAGCUGGUCAAAGUAGAAAACUAUCCUGAGGUCAUUCGACUCAUAGCGAACUUCACCGUCACAAGUCUGCAGGUCAGUCCUCGCUCUAGACAUGCAGCUCUCAAAGUCCAAUCCUGAGGGUCCAAAGGUCCCUGACAUGGCUUUUGAAAAUCUCUGAAGUGUCCGAGCAUUAGUGUGACUCCGAACUUGUGUGUUUGUGUGUCAGCACUGGGAGUUUGCCCCCAACAGUGUUCACUACCUGCUGAGUCUGUGGCAGCGUCUGGCGGCCUCAGUCCCCUACGUCAAAGCUACAGAGCCCCACCUUUUGGAGACCUACACACCUGAGGUCACCAAGGCCUACAUCACAUCGCGACUGGAGUCGGUCCAUGUCAUCCUCAGGUAGGAUCAGCUGAUCUCCAAGUCUCUCACACACUGGAAGAUAUUUAGAUAUUUGACUGGUGACAGUCACAUCCAAAAGUGCUGCUAGAACAGACCCUCAACCAACCGCAUGACUGCAGCAUGUAAACAGACAGGUUUAACCCUUUCUGCUCUGAUUGUGGCGUUUCCUCAGAGACGGGUUAGAAGACCCUCUGGACGAUGCCGGCCUUGUUCAACAGCAGUUGGACCAGCUGUCGACCAUCGGGAGGUGUGAGUAUGAGAAGACGUGCGCCCUGUUGGUGCAGCUGUUCGACCAGGCGGCUCAGACGUACCAGGAGCUGCUCCAGUCCACCAACUCCAGCGCCGCUGACAUCACUGUGCAGGAGGGUACGGGUAAAGAGGAGCCCAGACUUUCCAGCAAACUUUGCUUUUUUUCACGUGAUGAAGAAACAUUAUCCAUACAUGAUUAAGAGAGUGAAUGUAGCUCUGACUGUCCUCUCUCCGCUCUGCAGGUCGGCUGACGUGGUUAGUUUACAUCAUUGGGGCAGUUAUUGGUGGACGGGUUUCGUUCGCAAGUACGGAUGAGCAGGACGCCAUGGAUGGAGAGUUAGUCUGUCGGUAAGAGUUUGUGACUUUUAUUAGAGGUUUUUACCUCUUUCACCCUUUUUACAUGGUAAAGAGCUUUUACCCAUUUGUUUAUUUUAUUUUAUUUUCUUGUUUGUCCUUCAGGUUUGAGUCUUUCCUUUUACCAUUAAAUUUUUUUUAUUAUUUAUGUAUUUAUUUCAUUUUUUUUAAAAUCUUUUAUCUCCAGUGUUUCCCAAAGGUAGCUCUUUCCUCACACAAUGUCUCGGUAUCAGGCCAUGUUUCUUUAACAAUAUAUCUUAAAUUGGGUGGCUGAGCAAGGGUGUGUGUGUGUUGUUUAAUUGUUGUUUUUAGCCUCUGUGGGGCACUCAGAACUGGGAGAUUAUAUGAUCGUGAUAAAAUUCAGUUCGAUCACGGUGAUCAGCUGUGAGCAUAUUUGCUCGAUCAAACAUAGCGGAAAUGUGCGUCACAACAGCCUAUCAGAGUUGAGCUUUUUCUGCUCACUCCUGUAAGUUGCUGGAGAAGUAAACAGGAGAAGUAGACAGAAUGACCGAACGUGGAGAUAAACGCGGAGCUGAGGGCAGCAAGAUAGAUGUCAGCCGUGACUUUGAGUCCUCCUCCGAAGAUGUUAUUGUUGAGAAGAAAAUUUAUUCAACGUCAGUUGUGUUGCGGUGGUUCAAGUAUCUCCAAAGUGACGUCUACAUUUACAUCAUCUAAUGUUGACAUUUAAAGACGUCUUCAUUAUAUCUGAGGGGGACAUUUGUUUAUUUUGGGUCUUUUUACUGCAAAAACACUCAGGACUGUAAACUAGUUC